AGUACACUCGUAGCAAUUUAAACAUUACUAACUUCUAAUCCAAUCAAAUAAACCUCAAGUAGAAAAUAAGCCAUUAUUUUGUUGUUGAUGCCGAAUUCGACACUCCACACAAAAACUCCUUGCUUGGUGGGCGAAACAACGCUACCUGCUGGAGGGAGACUUUUUUUUUUGCGGAGUUGGGCCUCUUCCUCUUUGGUUCGUGUCCACCCACCAAACAGUAUCGUUUCCGGAAUGUUCAUGGCUUCGGAAGGUUCAGAAAUCCUGGAAUUUGAUAGCUAACCAUUCACUGGAAACAAUAACAAUCAACUUUGACAUGUGGUUUCGUCAUGCGGAUCUGGUCAGUUUUAUUUACGCUUGAUGCUUCUCGUGUGGACUUUUUUUGCAAUCUAGCUAGCCAGCAACUAACAAGUCAACAGACUAUCUUCCAGCUGAUCAAAACAAGGUCAAUUGACGAUGCGUUCCACGCAAUUUGGAUGUUGUUAGAAGACCCCGCCCUCUCUCGGCAGCCUCAGCAAGACGCGGAGAAAGUGCGUUUUCUAUAAUUCACAACUAGUCCACUUGAAGCCAGAACCAUUGGUGAUGGCCUGGGAGAUGGACAGCUCACACGGACCAGGGUCACCCCAAAGAAUUCUGCUCAAAACGGAACAUUCCGAGGUCGAACUGGUUUCCAGAGGUCAGGAAUCCCACCCUACCUCAUGUGUCAAACAGGAGCGUACAGAAUUAUUUGUUACGAACCCUGAGCCUCCGAGGCCAACGCACAUCAAAGAGGAGGAGUAUGAGACCACAGUCACGCCCCUUUUAUUACUUACCAAAGAGGAGAGUGAAGACAAGGAGAUUCCUGACUCUAAACCAAUGACACUUGAGCUUCACGACCCAGCCAGCCAAUCAUGUACAGCCCAAGAGGAGGAGAAAGCUGAGCUGAAGAAGUCUAGAGGAGUGUUCCAUCCAAAGAAUUCCUGUCUCCCUAAGCUUCAGGCCCCCUCUCAGCCCUCGGCAGCUGCAGGCUCCAGUCCUGUGAGUAGGGAGGAAGAUGAGACGGAACCAGAGGUACAGGAGGACCAGGGCCCUGGAGACUGGCUAGCCCCCAUGGAGGACGACGAGGCCCUGGGUGAGGCCCAGCGUCGACGGGGCUUUGAGUCCGCCAGCCGCUCCCUUUCUUCCAUCCUGGGCUCCGACUCAGAGUCAGACGACAAGGAGGGUGAAGAGGACCCCACUUGGGCCCCUGCCGACCCCCAGACCCUCCAGGACGACCCAGAUGCUGACAUUCCCGCUCUUCGAGAGGCGUCCCCACUGUGGCACAGGAAAAGAACAUCAUCGUCACGAAGUCGAGGCAAAAGAUUUAGAGAGGGAGGUAGAGGUGGUGUCUCCUUGUUUCCAGAACCCAAAAAUAAGCCCAAAAACUUUUCCUGCCAGGAGUGCGGGAAGGCCUUCAUAUCCCGCCGUGACCGGGAGAGGCACAUUCGCACUCAUAGCGGGGAGAAGCCAUUUCCCUGCCCCAGAUGCGACAAACGCUUCAACGACACUGGGAACAUGCGUAAACACAUGCUGAUCCACUCGGGGGAAAGGCCCCACCUCUGUCCAGACUGCGGCAGGGGGUUCUCAGAGAGGGGGAAUCUCAGCAGGCACAGGGCCCACAUCCACGGCAGUAUGCCCAAGUCCGAAUGUGAAGACUGUGGGAAGACCUACAUAGAGAAAGGAGGUCUGGAUCGCCACAUCAGAUCUGGAGCCUGCUCUGCAACAAGAAAAACAUGACAUUUUAUAAAUGAAAAAGGUUCCUACAAUUACAGUCCCGUUUCAGCAAGUACGGCCUCCAGCGAUCAAACUAUCAAAUAUGAAUGGCGACUUAACGGCCGGUGACUAGAGAGCUCGCUGGGAGAGUUCGGUGAUUCCUUACUGAAGGUAUUUUUCGCAGCAUUAGGGGGUGGGAAGUUUCAUGAUUCGAGAGAAAAUAAUGACAUUAUGAAAAACCGUGCGUAUGAACUGAGAAGCUGUGUAGAAAAAUCAAUAUAAUAGAUGAAGAGAUGAUCUAGUCUAUAUUUUGUAUAUACUUUCUCCGUGAGUGCCUUUAUGAGUGAGAGAAGUGCUUUGUGAAUGUGAUGAUCUGUACUUCACUGUUAAAGUAAACAAUCAUGGAUUAA